CCGAGCGCGGAGUGAGCGAAGGUUCUCGCUCGCGCUCCCCCUCGCUAACUAUAGUGCUACGCUCGCUCGCUAACUCAGGGCUGCGCUCUCUCGCUAACUCUAGUGCUGCCCUUCUCGCUAACUGUAGUGAUUCUGCGCUCCUCUCUAGUGCGGUGCGCCAUCGCUAACUCUAGUACUGCGCUCUCUCGCUAACUCUAGCGUAGCACUCUAGUGUUUGGUAACUCUUGCUCUACAAGUCCUGCUUCAGUACGCAGAUAUCUGAUGAUAGUUCAACGAUGCUAUUAAAAUGUGUUAGUAAUUAUCUUCUCUUAGUUGUCUAGAAAAAUUGGAAACAAGAUGAUAUCCUUUACGAUAUACUACUGUUGCUCUUGACACCAGUGAAAGACGCUGUUAAGAUAUACUGUUGAAAGUGCGAACAAAGACAAAACAAGAACAGAAAUAACAUAAAGACGUCAUUAAAGUUAUGUAAAUGACGCAAGUACAAUUGUAAAUUGACGUUGCUGCAUGCAACACAUCCAAGAGUCGUGUGCAACUGUCAAAGAUUUAUUUUUUUGCAGUUUUUCUAGUGGGGAUAAUAAAGCAACAUUAGAACACACAAAAUAAAACACUGUAUAGAUAAUUGUGAGUGUCAGUAACACCUGUGGAGUCUUUAUUGAUACUAUAACGUCAAAUACUCAACCCACCCCAACCCUCCUAAGUUCCUUGAAACUAGUGGGUGUUGUUGAGGUGGGGUUCAGGUGGGUUCAGGUGGGCUCAGGUGGGUUCAGGUGGGCUCAGGUGGGAGAGGUUGGGUGCCAACACUACCACAACACAACAUUAAGAGAUAUGCUCUGUCUCCCAGCUGACGCUUGACACACUCAGGGCCAGCACCUCAAGUUAAUUUAUAACCUCACACUCAGAGCUGGCAAUUCUGUACUUGGUUACUUGGAUGAACUGAUCUGCUUGGUGAAGAUUUUUGAUUUGACGUGAAUGUUAUACUUUGAUAACUACCUUCUUAUGACAUGAAAAUUUAAGUGAAAAUUUCAUCCUGACAAAAAAAAAAAAACAUUUUUUCCUCUAAAUAUAUUUUGUGUACAGUGAAUCAAAUAUAUAAGUGAGGAUUUACGUGGAAAAUAUAUAUAUAUAUCUUGAAAGAGUGAGUGUGGAGCCACAAAGUUGUGUUAUCUUUAUGCACAGCGUAAAUAAAGAAGACCAAAGACUGUGAGCCACAGAUAAGCUGGGAAUGUAAUUACUAAAACCAGCUGGGAUAAUCAAGCAUUAAUAUCAUAAAAUCUUUAAACAGCAAACUUCCCUUCCAGUUGUUGACAUUCGUACCCUCAUUAAUAGAUUGUUUGACACUCUUGUUACCUCAUAAUUUCCCUAAUCAGCAUCUUUUGGAUCAGUAACUACUGGGGAUAUAAAUUGUUUGAAUCAAUGAUUCUUAGUGACUCCUUUAUGCCGAGUGAAUCUUAAAGACUCAUUAAAAUCAGAAUCAGAAACUAUAUUCGUAACUCUUCAUAUAAAUCAUAACAAUAAUGGAUGGAUUAAACAAGUGUAGAGAAGACUAACUCAACCUUACAUUAUCCAUCCAUUGUUCUCCUGUGACUGGAACUAGUGAAUUGAUCUCCAUGAGGAUUCAACUUACUGCCUAAGUCCUCACUGCAGUUUGCGAGAGGUGUCAAUGAAAUAGCUCAGUUACGUGGAAGGACUCCCUGCCAGUUUCAUGUUAGUCUCAUACUGUCACAAGUUACAUGUUUCGGCAACCAACGAAAGCCAGAAUUUUUAGGAAACUGGUGCAAGCUUGAUUCGCACGGUUUCACUUCGAUGUCUCUGCUAGGAGCAAGUAGACGAUAGUCAAGGUUAUGUUGCUAAGGAGCUAGGAAUCUUGAAAGACCCUUAAGGGUAGGCUGUCGCUUCAGCAGCAGCGGCUUACUGAAGAUGUUGGUGAAGGCUCGGCGGUGUUUGGCCAACCUGCUGGCGAUGACAGUGACGUUAUCUCUCCUGCCAGGGAACUCCUCCGCCAGGAGCAGGAUGCGUGGACGAUCUUCAGGAGACCUGGUGACGGAGGAUCCUGUAGGGGACAUUCGCCACGUUCUGCCGGAGCUCAAUCUAGAGAACAACACCGUUAUUGAUGUUAAGGUUAAUGUGGGAGACGUAGCGUAUCUCCCUUGUCGGUUUCCUCAACUUUCCACACUACAUCAGGUAUCGUGGAUUAGGCGGUGGGAUUGGCAUAUUCUCACUACGGGGAUUUACACCUACACCAGCGACAUGAGAUUCAAUGUCCUCCACACUGAGGGAUCCGAUGACUGGACGCUGCAGCUCAAGUACGUUAACACCCGCGAUAAUGGAACCUACGAGUGUCAGAUGUACACGGGGACGGGCGUGUUGUCUCAGUUCGUCAACCUUCACGUGCACACACCACGUGCUGCCAUUCUCGGGCCUCAGGAGCUGCACGUGCAGGAGGGUGACACCAUCACCCUCAUCUGUGUCAUCCAGCAGAGUAAGCCACCAUUCGUCUUCUGGUAUCACGGAGAGAAUAUGGUGAAUUAUGACGGAAGCCGACACCAUCUGAAUGUGAUCACCAAGGUGGAGGGCACCAGGACUCACUCUCGUCUCACCAUCACUGAUGCCAGACAUACGGACUCUGGCAAUUACUCCUGCAUCCCGCCCAACGUGGAGCCUGCUUAUGUGCUGGUAUUCGUUACCGAAAAAGGCGAUACAGUGGCAGCGGUGCAGAGACGAGGUCAUGCUUCGGCUUCUGAUCUACCUUCUCCCUCCAGCGCCUCCGUCAGUCUGGUAGUGAGUCUCCUGUGCACCAGUUACGCCCUCUGGAACCACUUCCUGCCCGUCAGAUGAUCGCCUGGACACCUACUAAUGUAUUCAAUCAACAAAUAAUUUGUGUUAAAAUAGCGACAAAACGAUAGGUUAAUGCCCCCUUUUUUACUUCUUUGUAUAUAUAUAUAUAAAAGAAACGUGUAAUUAGAUUGACAUCACUGUAAAGUUGUCAAUAGAACAAGUCUCUAAAGCUGAAUAAUAAGUAUGAACAGACCAAUUUGUAUGAAAAGUGUGUACUAGUUUUUUCAAUGAAUAUCCAAAAGCAAAGCCAAGCUCUUCAGAUGUGAUGGAUAUUGCUUUAAGCCACUCGAUAAUUUAAGUGAUUAGAACAGCUUUCAGUGCUGAGAGCUCGCAAGUCCAUUGCUGCCAUCGACACCAACAUAGGAACACUAUUCAAAAAUACUGUGUUGCAUAUUGUUGAAGUUGUUGAUAAAAUCUUAGAGAAAUGCAAAAAAAAGUAUUAGCUUCAAAGCACCUGAUUAAAAAGAUUCCAUUCCUGUGAAAUUAUUAAUCCCAAAUAAUAUUUUUCGUGUGCGAUCAUUAUAAUAUUUCUAUUUUGAAAGCAUGUUUUUGAACAGUUAUUAUUUAUUAUUAUUAUUUUAUAAACGUUUUAUGCACUUCUCUUUCUUCUUUUCAGAUAAACCUUUGGCAUCUGAUUGACUAUAUUUUUUCAACUAUAUCAAUUCUUGAAAAUAUCAGUGGUUUUAUAUAUAUA